AUGAUAUCCGAAAUUUCAGAAGUUGCUAAACCCGUUCUCAUUCCACCGGAGUACAUACAUUACGCAGAUCAACAAUCUAUUUUUGACCUAAUUCAGAGGUUGCUGAAACUUCUGAUAAUUGACAGGCCUGAAGAUCCAAUAUCCUAUCUCAUUAAAUACUUAGAAAAAGAUAUUAACGAUGUUCCUUCUAUUUUUAUGUUUGGGCCAAGAUACGCUGGUAAGAAAACCCUGGCUCGCUUGCUGAAAGAGAAGUUACACUGUGUUGUGCUCAAUGGAGAGGAGAUAUAUAAACUCUGUACAAAUGAGAGAAAUGCCUCACCACAAGAACUGACUGCUGCCUUAAAGAAACGACUUAAAGAACCAGAUUGUGAAUCAAAAGGCUAUAUUAUUGUUGACUUUCCACGAUUUGAAAGUGAAGCCAAAGCACUCAGACGUGAAGGAAUAUUUCCUGAAUAUGCCAUAUUUUUGGAAGCACCUUUGCCAUUAUUGAUUGAAACGGUUUCAGCAAAAAGAAUCGAUCCGCAAACUGGAGAUCUGUAUAAUAUGAUAUACAAUCCACCCCUUGAUCCGCUGGUCGAACGACGUUUACGAAAACUUCCAGGAAAUGAAGAAGAAGAUGUUAGAAAGGAAUACGAUGACUAUAAAAGAGAAGUGGUUUUACUAAAGAAUAUUUAUUCCAGUGUGGCCUAUGAGUUUAA